CUAUAUUCAAUAUCCUAUGAUAAACCAUAACAGAAAAGAAUAUAAAAAGAAUGUAUGUAUAUGUAUAACUGAAUCACUUUGCUGUACAGCCAAAAUUAACACAACAUUGUAAAUCAGCUAUACUUCAAUCUUAAAAAAAAGCUCUGGGGGACUUCUCUGGUGGCGCAGUGGUUAAGAAUCUGCCUGCCAAUGCAAGGGACACGGGUUCGAGCCCUGGUCCGGGAAGAUCCCACAUGCCGCGGAGCAACCAAGCCCGUGCGCCACAGCUACUGAAGCCCAUGCGCCUAGAGCCUGUGCUCCGCAACAAGAGAAGCCACCGCAAUGAGAAGCCCGUGCACUGCAACGAAGAGUAGACCCCGCUCGCCACAACUAGAGAAAGCUCGCUCACAGCAACCAAGACCCAAUGCAGCCAAAUAAAUUAAAAACAAAAACAAAACUCUGUCUUACAGUAUAUGGAGCAAACUUCAGACAAGGGAAAGUGUGUUGUGCUUUUCAUCUUUUCCUCUUAAAGAGUGUGUGUGCAUGUGUGUACAUUUCCAAAUCUACCUACCUUGUCCAGAAAACAUUUUAAAAGGACAUUUAAAUGCUUCUAUUGAUUUUACAGCGUAAAUCCAAUCUGUAGCAAAAACUUUGUGAAGCAAAAAUAGAAAGGAUUGUUUCAUUUGCUGGGCUUGGAAAGGCAUAAUUGUCAUACUCCGUACUAGUUUGCUGGUCUUUGAUGGAGCUAAUUUAGUCGUGAUAGCACUAUGAAUUCCUUUCCGUUCUUCCAAGGACAAAACAUCAUGACUUUUAACCUUUAUUAGCUAGCUACAGUAGUUAGCCAUAAAUAGGAACAGAUAUUUCUGAAACUCAACACUCCGCACACUUCUGGACUAGGAUAAAUUCUUUGGUUGUGUGUCCUUUGUGUUAUUUUCCGUAGUUUCGAGCAUUGGGACAUUUCUCAUGUUACGGCUAACAAUGUACUCUAUAGUAUCGUGAAAUAUAAACAUAAAAGUUCAUAUGUAAUGCUGUGAGAGACUUGUUUAUCUGUUAGAGCCAAACCCUUGUGGCCCUUCUCUGCUCCUUAAAACUCUCAAAUAGCUCUAGGUUACAUGAGGCAUAGAGAGUAAUUAUCUUUAAUUAUGUACAUAAAAUUUAUUCCUCUCUCCUGCAAAAAAAAAAAAGCACACUUCUAUUUUAGAUACUUAGCUGGUGAAGACUUGUUGGGCCAGUAAUUCCUUUAAUUGCAAAUAGGGAGUUGUGAGUUUAUUAUAGAAAUUGUGUGGCCUGCAUGCACCUCACAGUUACACAAAGUACUGACACCUUUUCGGUGCAUUGUUUUGCAGAGUACAGAACUGCUAGAGAUAUUUGCUCAGUGUGAAGGCAGAAUUUGUUAUUUGAAUUUUGACUUCUUUUAAGGAUCUUCAUGAAAAAUAGAAGGCAGAGUUCCAAAAAUAGACCCAAGUAACUUAUAUGUACGUGGCCUGGGCUGGAGUGUGGUGAUUAGUUCCAGAAAACCAUUAUAGUGCUUAUGCAGGCAAAGGUUUAGAAAAGGUCAAGCACCGAAGCCUGUCAGAGGAAGCUUGCUUAUAAGUUUGCACAGACCCUAAAGUUUCUGACGUCAUUUUCUCCCUUUAAUUCUUGAUCAUACUUUACUUUUCUGUCUUUACUCACAUCUCUCUUACUAUGUACCUGCAUGUUUCUCUUCCUUCUAUGUCUUCAAAGCCAUUCUUCAGACAUUAAGAAUAGCUUAGUGGCUGCCCUUAGAGAAUGCUUUUUGAAGGAGGGCAGAGGCAGAAGUCUCAGUGACCAUCAUAGGACUGACCACAGCCCUCAGUCACUCCCCCUCCUUAACUCAUAGUUUGUCAAGGUUAAUCAUUAAGAGAGAAGGUAGCAUUUAGCAUCCCCAAAGCUAUGGAGUACUAUGGAAUGAAAGAGAUGAGUCGUUGAAGUGAAUUAUUCCUAUGGGUUAUGAGAAGGUGAAAGCCUGUAUCUACUGUCUUGUAUUAAAACUCAGUGAAUUCCUUUCCAGUAUCUCUCAGUGUCAUCGUGAGAGAGAAUAUUUUCCUUAAGUUCCAGUAACAGACUACAUGACGAUAGAUAACGCCUCACAUCUGUUAUCAAAAUGAUAAUCCAGUUGCUAGCUAAGCUCUUUUGUAUUUGUAGACUAUAAUGUAUCUAUAUGCAUACUUAAGACAAAAACCAACAAAAAAAUCAAGUUUUUUUUUUUUUUUUUUUUUGGCGAUACCCGGGCCUCUCACUGUUGUGGCCCCUCCCGCUGCGGAGCACAGGCUCCGGACGUGCAGGCCCAGCAGCCACGGGCCCAGCUACUCCGCAGCACGCGGGAUCCUCCCGGACCAGGGCAAGAACCCUAGUCCCCUGCAUCGGCAGGUGGACUCCCAACCACUGCACCACCAGGGAAGCCCAAAGAUCAAGUUUUAACCUUUGUGACCAAUAUUUUCAUCUUUCAAUGACUUCUAAGUGAAGGUCUCCCACAGGUGUAUUACUUUGGACCAUGUGGGAAAUACAAUGCCAUGGUGCUGGAGCUUCUGGGCCCUAGCUUGGAGGACUUGUUUGAUCUCUGUGACCGAACUUUUACUUUGAAGACUGUGUUAAUGAUAGCCAUUCAGUUGCUUUCCCGAAUGGAAUACGUGCACUCAAAGAAUCUCAUUUACCGAGAUGUCAAGCCAGAGAACUUCCUGAUUGGCCGACAAGGCAAUAAGAAAGAGCAUGUUAUACACAUUAUAGACUUUGGACUGGCCAAGGAAUACAUUGACCCUGAAACCAAAAAGCAUAUACCUUAUAGGGAGCACAAAAGUUUAACUGGAACUGCAAGAUACAUGUCUAUCAACACGCAUCUUGGCAAAGAGCAAAGCCGGCGGGAUGAUUUGGAAGCCUUAGGCCAUAUGUUCAUGUAUUUCCUUCGAGGCAGCCUACCCUGGCAAGGACUCAAGGCUGAUACAUUAAAAGAAAGAUAUCAAAAAAUUGGUGACACCAAAAGGAAUACUCCCAUUGAAGCUCUCUGUGAAAACUUUCCAGAGGAGAUGGCAACCUACCUGCGAUAUGUCAGGCGAUUAGACUUCUUUGAAAAACCUGACUAUGAGUAUUUACGGACGCUCUUCACAGACCUCUUUGAAAGGAAAGGCUACACCUUUGACUACGCCUAUGAUUGGGUCGGGAGGCCUAUUCCUACUCCAGUAGGGUCAGUUCAUGUAGAUUCUGGUGCAUCUGCAAUAACUCGAGAAAGCCACACACACAGGGAUCGGCCAUCACAGCAGCCUCUACGAAAUCAGACUGCAUCGUCAGAGCGCCGAGGAGAGUGGGAAAUCCAGCCCAGCCGGCAGACCAAUACCUCGUACCUGACGUCUCACUUGGCUGCAGACCGCCAUGGGGGAUCAGUGCAGGUGGUUAGCUCAACCAAUGGAGAGCUGAAUGUCGAUGACCCUACGGGAGCCCACUCCAAUGCACCAAUCACAGCUCACGCCGAGGUGGAGGUAGUGGAGGAAGCUAAGUGCUGCUGCUUCUUUAAGAGGAAAAGGAAGAAGACUGCUCAGCGCCACAAGUGACCCGUGCCUCCCAGGAGUCCUCAGGCCCUGGGGACUCUGACUCGAUUGCACCCGCAGCUCCUGCCAUUUCUCAUUGGAAGGGACUCCUCUGUGGGGGGAGGGUGGAGAUCCAAACCAAAAAGAAGAAAAACAGAUGCCCCCAGAAGGAGCUAGUGCAGGCAGCCAGGGCCCAGUGGGUCAGUGGCCGCCCCUACCUGCCUGAGGCUCUGAGCAGGUCCCAGAGCCACUGGUCCUCCACUGCUUACCCUUGGGGCUGCCUGGUUGACUCUCCUUCCUAUUGUUUACAGUGAAGGUGUCAUUCACAAAAACUCAAGGACUACUAUUCUCUCCCCUCCCCUUAGUUUACUUGCUCCUGGUUCUUGCCCCACCCUCAACCCUCUCCAGCAUAAAAGCUAAUGAGCUGAAGGCUUUGUCUGCUGAAGGAGCUUGAGAGGCUGGGGGUGCGGCCAAGAAGGUAGGAGGGAGAUGCAGGCCGAGGCUGGAGAAGAACCUUCUCCGCCCACCAGGUGUGUCUGGCAGUAUGGCUCCCUCUUCGUCUGUGCCUGUGCAGCCUCCAUCCCGAGCUGGCCACGGGGUGCAGGUUACUCCCUCCUUCCCUCUUGUGAAGUUACACUGUAGGACACAAGCUGUGAGAAAUCUGCAGUCUACUGUCCCUGUGUGUUGGCGUUCUUAGCUUUCUUGACAAGCGAACUCUGUUCUCCAGACAGUAGUAGAACAUUGCAAAUUGUUCUGAGCAAAGGACAAAAAAAAACUGACUUUAUUGCACUUUUAGUUUGUUUUUUUUUUUAAACAAAAAACAUGGCAGAUGCAUAUUGUGUCUGGUUAUAUUGGGAGUUUUACUUUUUUUUUCUGUUUUGAGGGGGAUGGGGCCAGCCAAGCCAUUCAGAGAGAACAUGGGUCCAGAGGACAUUCUCAAUGGAAAGAGUUGGGUCUGCAGCACCCAGAAGAGAAGAAGCCAAACUCUGUGUCAUUCUGAGUGAACUCUCAGGUUGGCAAGGAAACAUACUUGAAUUUUCAUUCGUCUUCUCAGCUGCUGAAGAAUGUCCCUACCAGAGCCUCUUGACCUCAUCAGCCUGCAGUUUGGACAACCUAGCUCUCCAGCACAUGGGAUGAGCCAGCCAAGCCAGACUGUGACAGGAGACAGUUCAUCCCAGAGAAGGAGAUGCUUAACAACAAAAAUCUGAAAUAUCUGUUUCCUCCACUGCCAGGGACUUCCAACUAGAUAGCCAUGUGACUUCCUUAGUGACUUGGGGGACAAAAUUAGUGAUGAAACAGCCACCACUGUAUUGCCACUAGUGGACAAGAAGGAGGAAAGUGAUCCUGCCUUCCAACUGCCAGAGGAACCUCAGGAUUUGGCUCAUCAUAGGGCCAGGAAAUAAACUUGGUCUGUACUGUUUGCCCCAAUAGCUGAGUUACAGCAUUUGGGCUGGCCUGCCUUAUCAGAAACCAAGUACCUGCAAAUCUUCUUCCAGCAGGUCCAUAGCUGCAGGCUUAGGCCUCAGUGUAUGGGGCUAUAGUGAACAGGGGGGUAAGACUGGUUAGUGCUGGAAAAUUCCUGGGGAAAGGAGACUGAAAUGAAAGGUGUGAAAUUAUCCUCUCACUUGGACUUAGACUCCUUCUAGAUGAGAUGGCCACGCAUCUAGAGCCUGUUCUCCCCGGUACACUCUCCACGUCCAGACAUGCUGCCAUGAAGGGUCUUGGUUCCUCAUUCACUGCUUGAAAAGUCGCCAACGUAUGGAGUUAAUAGAACUUCUCGUGCUUGAUUUUCAUUGGAGAUGAGCGACUUAUCCAAACAGUGACUUCGCAUUCCAGAUGUGAUCGAGGAGAAAGGAUUAAUUACAUCAGAGAACGAGGUCUUGUAUCUGGGGGUAGAGAGAGCUAACCAUGGAGGGCAGUGGCUGGUGACUUAGUCUGGGGGGUUUGGGAACACGGAAAUCAUUGCCUCUGGCUUGAGAUGUAGGGCUGUCUUUUGGACUGGAGGAUGCAGACAUACUUUCUGGUAGUUGGUAUUUUCUGACGAGUCCCUUGAUGUGUCUUACAUGGAGCAGAGAGAGCAGCGGUAGCGUGGAUCAGAGUUACUGGGCUUCACCUGUGUUCCACUGGUCCUUGGCUAGGAAAUUUCACUUCACUGGCUUCAAAUUUGCCUAGCUUAUAUAAAGAUUGUAAUCAUUCAUUUCUUUAAAAGAAGAUUUCCUAUUAACAGAAUGGCUGGGAGAUGCAGGGUCACACCGCUUCCCCACAAGAAUUUUGAAUAUUGGGGUUUGCUUCCUUGACAUUAGCUAAGGCACUGUCACUGAAACUUACAUAGUUUCUCAGUUGGCAUUUGGGUAACUCUUCUCAAUUUGGGUAACUCUAAUUUCCCGUAUAGAAUCUUUAACCUCCACAUCCCUGUGUAGAAAAAGCCUUGCUUCUCAUGGGAGGGCAAGAGGAAAUGGUGGCAAAGUCCAGAGCAUCCCUGGCACCCCUUACUCCACUAAGUGCCUCCCCACUUCCACAAAAAAGCAAAGGCAGUUACCAGCUCGGCUGCAGGGCAAGCCCUCUUGCAGCUGGGUUUGUGACUUUUUCAGGGUCUUAACUUUGUUUUAAAGGCUCGCUAUUGCGGGAUUUAACGUGAGCAGUUGUGGGGUUCUUCCUAAUGCACUCUUCUCACUCUCUGCCCCCGCUCAGAUCUCUUACUAGAUAUUUGAUUUUUCAUAACAAAGGUGAAGAGCCCAAGUCCUUCUGGCAUGCACAGUAAUGGUGACCUUCCCAGGGCCAUUGGUACUCCAGGGUGGUGCCAGACCCCCGAGUCUACUGUGAUCUUCCUUUAAAAAAGAAAAAAAAAAAUUUUUUUUUUUUUCUUUUUGAGAAGGAUACCUAAGGAGUAAUUUGGCCAUCAGUUUCAUCCCCAUCAGGCCUCCCUCCUCAGCCCUGUUGCUGUUGUCGAGUAGCUGUAUUCCUCAGCCAGGGCCUCGGGCUUGGGCACUCCCUCCACCUACCGCCCACCCAAAUCCACUUGCUCUGUAGUCUUUGAGCUUCCUUCACUCCAUAACCAUGAUACCUAGGGAUCUUUUUCUUCAGGAUUGAUGCAGUUGCUGGGUUAGCAUUAAGCACUAACAACAUUAGGGGUUCUCCCAAGCCCUGCAGUCCUUCAGGCAUUGCAUCCUGAGCAGAUUGAAGCAAGCAGGCCAGGAAUCCACCAAGACGUAAGGGAUCCUUCCCUUGUGACUAGAGCAUGGCUGUGCCUGUGCAGUAAGGGUUGAUUACUUGCUGUGCAGCCCUUGGCGUUUCCCAGUGAUUUCACUCCAGACUGCUCUGCAAGGAUGUGCAGAGCGUGCCAGCAGCAGCAUGCUUUCAUGUCUGCCUUAAUUAACAUACUCCUGCCAUUUUGGCUUUGUCUAGGAGGAAACGGUCUAAGAAGGUACAAAGUCAGGUGAUGAGGUUGGCCUCCAAUUGAAGCCCCAUUUUAUUUUGGGAUAUAGGGCGACGGAAGACAGCAGGAUCCUGAGUUUUCCAGUAGAAGUGUUGAUUGCCUCUUCAUUCUCAGUGAACUCCAAGUUCGUAGAGACAGCCCCUGCCAUUAGCCAGAAGAGGUGUCCAUCGCCUCUAAAGUACCUUCCAACCUGGUUCACUGGAAAUGUACCUUGGGAGUACAUAUUCAGUGUUGGUUCUCAGUGUUAGUAACCACUUCUGUUGUCAGAAAUGAGUGAGGGUAAGGUUAUGUCAGAGUGGUUACUAAAGAUCAUAGCCUUAACUUUUUUUUAUGCAAAAGAGACAGCUUGCUCCCCCUCCAGUGAGCAGCAUGGCCUGCAUUUUUCAAAAAUAAGUACUUCCACGGCAGCCUAGAAAGGAUCUCCUCUAAGGAACUUGAUCUUUCUUCUGAUGCAUCUCUCCCAAGUCUGCAUGCCUCGUGUGUCGCAGUCACCUCUUCCAUUUUCAUAUUUAAUCUAGUUUUCAUUCCCAGUGAGUUGCCCUGACAACACUGUCUCCAGCGUCAGAGCCAUGUUAGGGCUAGAAUUUCUCAGAUCGGGAGCUUGCACUGUCAUACAGCCAACACUGCCUUUGUCAGGCCGCUGCCACCAAUCCACCAUUGCCCCAAGGUGGGCAGGUGAGUUCCAGAAACCCUUAGGGAGCCAGGAUAACUUGGCACCCCAUCUGGAUUGGCUUGAGCAGCAGGUACUUGUCUCUGGGGUUCUUGCUUUUGCCAACUUCAGGGCUCCAGGAAGGUCCCUCUAGAGGUUGAUGGCCAGAGUCUUCCCCAUGAUGGGUUGGUAGGAAUCAAAAUGGGAUGCCUGUGGUUUGGUUUUCUUGGGUGUUUGUUUGUUUUUGAUGGGGGAGGGGAGUGAUUUUGUUUCUGAAUAAGAAAAAGAGGAAACCAUGGCUCUUCUGAGGGUUUAGGCAGUGUUUUAGCCACAAAUAAGGAAUCUUGGAAGUCUUUGAUCAAUUAAGCAGUCUUAAAAAUGUUUUUCCUAAUUCCUUUUGCAGGUGACUGAGUGCAAAAGAAUAGUUUCUCCAUUGUAUUCAGAAUAGUAAGUAGGUUCCCUGGAUAUAGACAGUAGUAGUUGACAUAUUUCCUCAAAAAGCGACCAGGAAGUCCACUCCAGAGUUUGUUUGUAGCUCAGCUUGUAUUACAAAGGAAAAAGUGAAUGUGUACUCCAUAUAUUUCUAGUUCGAUUACCAAACUCAGUGUUAUAAAGAAACCUCAGUUCUGUGGACAGAAUUUAUUUUGUUACUUUUCUUUUUUUACUUCUCACAAUCAUCUUUCCAGUGCCAUCACCACCUUCAAAGCAGAGGGUUAUCCAUGGUAAGAAAUGGGGAUGCAGUGCAGUUGUCCCAGUAACACACACAAGAGGACAGCUAUCCUGAUUGCCCCUUCCCCGCAAAUCCCCUCUUUCAGAGCAGGUGAGACAUUUUCAGUGUUCCUCUUUUUGAGCUCCAGACCAAAUCCCAGGCCAUCCCUUAAACCGAAAGCUUUUUUAAGAGGCUUAUCUGUUAGGAAUGUCUCAGGAAGAUGAGCCAUUUCUUUGGCGGGGGGUUACGGGGGACUGUAUCUACAGAUGGGUGUGUGUGGUUGCAUUUGUAUGCGUGUGUGUGUGUGUCUGUGCGUGCCAGCACUCAUCUGUAUGCAUUUCACUUCCAUAAAGACUCACAGCCCACCUGAAGAAAAAAAAACUCACAGCCCAGGUUGCUGGGACCAUGUGUUCCUGAAUAUUCUCAGAAGUAAACAAGAAACAAAUGAGUUUCUCAAAUUGGUGUGGCAGCAAGCUGGCUCUGGGAAUGAGCCCCAUUUAUCAAGGAGAAGAGUAAACAGCAGAAAAAAAGAUGAAACCAAAAAUAUUAUAAGCCCCCCCAAUGGAAAAUAAUGUUCAUUCAUCAAUUCCCAUUGGAUGUAUUACAUGCUCUAAUUUAUUAUAUUAUUAUUUUGUCUGUUUCUUUAAUCUUUGCCCAUUGUACUUUUUAAAAGAUGUUGGGAUGUUGACUGCAAUUUUUUAAGACUAGAUAAUGUAUAAAUCAGCUGUGGAAAUCAGUUUUAAUUGAUGCGUGGAUGUGUCUGAUUAUUGUUAAAUGCCUUUUUUUUUAACCUUUUAUUUUAGAUACAUAAUUUUGUUUCAUAAACCCUGGCACUGGUCUGCAAAGCUCAGCUGUGAAAAUGAAACUUGUAGUAUUUUUAAACAUGAAUGUCAAUUUCAAGUGUAUUUGAAACGGUUCCUCCAGGAGAGAGAUUUGUACACCAUUAAGUAGAAACUCCUCUGCAGAGGAAGAAGCCUUCUUUGGAGUAAAUGGAAAUGGGUCUUGAUAUUAUCUCAGAGUAGCCCAUUUCCUAGGGCACCAUGGAAAACACAAAUGUGAUCUUUAAGUAUACCUCUUCUCCAAUCUGGGGAGGAAAGGACUCAGUUUGCACCCUUUUUGUAUGUACAAUAAAAUGUCUUACCUUUCUUGGCUAA